AUGACUGCUCUCAAAGACAUGUGGCUUGAAAUGCACUGGAAUACCAAGCUGCACAGGAAAGUCCUGGGUUCACAACAAGGCAACUGCGCAUUCUACGAGUGGGCCUUGGAGCUGCAAAACCAGAACACAUUAUUGUAUGGUAACACUGCACACCUGUCAGACAUCCAACUAUGCAAUCAGCUUGAAGCUAAUAUCUGUGACAAGCUGACCGUCCCUGUACUCAGAGCCAAACUCACCAACAACAUAUCUCUUAAGAAGUGGAUCGAGGAAGUGAAACACCUUGAUGACAAACAUCUCAAGGACCUUGCCUCCCACAGAAAGAUCACUGAGGAACUAUAUAGAACCUCAAAGCAUGCAAUGUCCUCGACCAAAACAUCAUCCUCCAAAACGUAUAAUCCAUCAUCUUCCUGCCUAGGAACCCUGACAGAAGCAGAACGUACCUUACUGAUGAAGCACAGAGGUUGUUUCAAGUGUAGGAAGUUCUAUGUCUUGCACCAGUUGAAGGAUUGUACCAAUGGCACACUGGAGGCGUCUUCAUACAAGACGCUCACAGAAGCAGAUGCCAUCAUGGCCAAACUGAAAACUAAAACCAUAGCAGCUAUCAGACCUGUUGGUGCAGUUAUGCCAUCCCCCUUUCAAAACCGCCCACCUUAUGUGGCCCUGUCUCUUGACAGGGCCUUCUUCUGA